GCCAAGAGUGCGGGAAGAUGGCGGCGGCCGUGCGGGUAUCGGCCUUGACGGUCACCCUUGGGCGGCUGGUGUCCUCGUGUAGCCGCAGCAUCCUGAGACCUCCGGGGCCCGGAGCGGCUUCCCUUCGGUCUGCUUCUCCAAGAUUCAGUUCGCAGAGCACUUCGUUUCCACAAGGAUAUGUUCCUAAAACGUCCUUGAGCUCACCCCCUUGGCCAGAAGUUGUCUUGCCCGACCCCACUGAGGAGACCAGACACCACACAGAGGUCGUUGGGAAGGUGAACGAGCUCAUCGCCACCGGGCAAUACGGCAGGCUCUUUGCUGUGGUGCAUUUUGCUGGCCACCAGUGGAAGGUGACCUCCGAAGACCUGAUCUUAGUUGAAAAUGGGCUAGAAGCUGCAUGUGGAGAGAGAAUUCGACUAGAGAAGGUCCUACUGGUGGGGGCAGAGAACUUCACGCUGCUCGGCAGGCCACUGCUUGGAAAGGAUCUUGUUCGAGUAGAAGCCACAGUCAUUGAAAAGACAGAAUCUUGGCCAAAAAUCAACAUGAAAUUUAGGAAAAGAAAAAACUUCAGAAGGAAAAAAAUCAUUGUGACCCCGCAGACCGUCCUCCGGAUAAAUGCCAUUGAGGUCGCUCCAUGUUUGUCAUGAUCACGUCACUAGUAUUUACAGAAGUAGAAAAAUAAAUGCUUUUUCCAAGGACACUGGGUUUCUGUGUUAU